UACUCAUAAUUUUUCAGUCAGGUCUGUCACGUUGACAACAAUUUUUAAUAAUAGUAUUUUUAAACGCAUUUUUUGUGAUUUUUCUUUAUAUAAAGUGAUUCAUAACUCAAAGGAUGGAUAAGAAUACAAAAAAGGGUCUCCGGGAAACACGUGCACAAUAUGUUUUACGUUUAGCUACUCAAAACAAUGAGUUAGCACCAAAAGCGAGUGAACCAAACAUGUUAACAAAUAUAAAUACCGAUAACGAUGCCUUUGAUAUUCAAAAUAAUAUUAUAAUAUUAUCACCUACGAAUGUGGAUUUUUCGAGCAAUAACCAUUCAAAUAAUAUUAUUAUUGAAGAAGUAAGUCAGAUGGAUCCUGGGCCUGAUGGGCAUGAAUAUGUGAAAACAAUAUUGGAUGACAAUGAUUUACAGGCAGAGUUGCAGUCUAACGGUGAACUAUUGAUAAUUAAUAAAUAUUGUGAGGGCCAAAAUUGUUCUUUGGAGCAAAAUGUUAUAAUAGAGGGAACCAACAACACACAAGAACAAGAGGUGACACCUGAUAUUGACGCUGAUCAUUUUAUCUCUAACGAUUCAGAUCAAGGUUCCAAUUAUGAUCCUGAAAACAAAACUUCUGGGUCCAUCAGUGAGUAUUCAUCUGAAAACGGCGAGGAAGUAAGAGGUGAAAGUGAAGAGAUAAUAAAGAUUCUGCGAAUAAACGAACUAGGAAAGUUUCAAGAUACCCAGAAAUAUGGAAAAGAUCCAUCGCCAAAAAAAAAAGAAACGAGGGGUUAGAAUAUGUUAAGGUAAAGAAUAAACUAGUUAAAAGUCGAAAAGUCGGAUUACCUUGCGCGGAUAAAUGCAGAUUGAAGUGCAGAUAUCAAAUAAGUCAAGAACAACGUAAGGCAAUCCAUAAAAGGUUUUGGAAAAUUGGAGAUAUUCAUCGCCAGAGAGAUUAUUUUUUACAAUGUAUGGACCAAUAACUCCUAAGUAUAGAAUGCACACCCCUAAUAGCAACCGGUCCAAAAAUUAUGCAUACCAUUUUAAGAUUUAAGGGGAAAGAAUCAGGGUAUGCAAGUCAACAAAAAAAAAGAUGGGAGCGGUAUUCUUAUGCCAGACAUGCGCGGAAAGCAUAAAAAAGGUGGUAAAAAGGUAACCGACGAAAUAAAAGGUGAAAUCCGAAAUCAUAUAAAAUCUUUUCCAACAAUGCCAUCGCAUUACUGCAGAGCCCAAACAAAUAAGAGCUACAUAGAUGGAAGCCUUAAUAUUGCGUCAAUGUACAGACUUUAUAAUAAGGCAAACUGCGAAGAACUUAAUAAACCGUUUGCCAAGCGAAACAUGUACGAAACCAUCUUCAACACAGAAUUUAAUAUUGCCUUUUACAUCCCCAAAAAAGACCAGUGUAUGACUUGUGAAUCACUAAACAAUUGUACUGAGAGAGAAAAGGAACUAAAACAAGAAAAUUAUGAUAAGCACAUAAAUAAAGGAGAAAAAGCUAGUCGGCAAGAGAAAGAAAACGAUAUAAAUAAAGCAAAGUUAGAUAACACUAAACAGGUAGCCUGUUUUGAUCUACAGGCUGUUUUGUCUGUUCCCUGUGGAGAUAUUAGUGCCUUUUUCUAUAAAAGACGACUUGCUACAUACAAUUUCACCAUUUAUGAUGUAGUUGGUAAUCAAGGUUUUUGUUUUACGUGGCAAUCAGGGUAUGCAAGUCAUUUUAUCUGAGCACAAAAAUCGUUAUCGGUCUUGGUAAACGUGGCGCCAAUGAAAUUGGAAGCUGCCUUUAUAUUUUCUUAAAACAUCAUGCAAAGGGUACAAAUAAUACACUUUACUCUGACAAUUGCGCCGGUCAGAACAAAAAUAAAUUUGUUGUUAGUCUCCUGUUGCACUGCGUAAAUUCAAUUCAAAGUAUUGAGGAAAUCACAUAUAAAUUUCUAGUGGUCGGCCAUACCCAAAAUGAAGGUGAUGCAAUGCAUGCCUUAAUUGAGAGGGAAAAAAAACGUUGUCUUCGAAGUGGGGCCAUUUAUACCCCCGACCAAUUAAUUCCCAUAAUACGACUUGCAAAAAAAAAGGGCAAUGCAUUGAAAUGAACUACACUGACUUCUUGGAUGUAAAACAUUUGCAAUCAGAAAUUGGUAAAAAUUUUAAUCAAAACGUUAUUGGCGAGAAAGUCCAGUGGCAGGAAAUUUGUGCGAUAAAUGUUAUGAAAAGUAACCCUUUUAGCAUUUUUUAUAAAACCUCGUACACAGAAGAUGACUACAAGGAAAUUAAUGUUCGUUAUAAGACUAGGGGUAAAUGUAAUUCUAGUAAUAAGAAUAUUAAUCUAAAGAAGCUUUACUCCAAUCCAAUAAAAAUACCACAGGCCAAAAAAAACGACCUUAUAAGCCUAUGUGAUUCUAAUGCUAUACCAAGUCAGUACUGGAGCUUUUACAAAAAUUUGCCAGCUACUUCAAAAGUUUGUAAUAAUGACCCAGCAGAUAUUGUAAAUAAUAAUGGUUACUGUUAAACCUGUUUUGUAAUAAAAAAGUUAUGCUAAAUCUUU